CUGUGAGAUUCCUCGUGAGAGGCUAGCUGCGACACAAUGGGACUGGGAAGGGCAGCCCUCUUUGCUUUUGUGGUGGCAAUCGAGGUGGCGCCGUGCGCGGGAAGUGCAGAGGAUAGAGCGGUAUUGAGCGUCGUCACGCCAGACACGUUAGGGGUGGAGGAGGAGGUUGUGAUUCGAUGGAGCUAUGAGGAUGGCAACGGAGGUGAGGAACGUUUUUUUUUAUGCAUCACCGACAGAGAUGGUGUAGCGAUGGGACAGCAGUAG